UUCUCAGAUACAAAACGGAAGUGAACCAACCACUCUUUUUGAGCUCUCUCUCUCUCUCUCUCUUCGCUGCCCGUCUACUCAUUCAUGAAUUCCUGGGUCACCCUCACAGCCUCACUGGUGGUCCUUCUCUCCAUCGCCUCACUUCCUCUGCUCAAGAAUCACUAUUUUCUGAAUUGGAGACCAUGGUGGUCGUCAAAUUCAGUAGUAGCAGAUUUGUUGGUGACUAAUGGGACUAUAUACACGAGCGAUGACUCUCUUCCCUUCGCUGAUUCCAUGGCCAUUCUCAAUGGUCGAGUUCUUCGGGUUGGAAACUAUUCCUCCCUCAAGGUUAUCAUCUUCAAUCUCCUUUUCAUUCUUUUAUUCAAAUUACCAAUUGUGAUGUUGAGCUACAGGUGGUUAUAUAUAGAUGUGCAUAUAAUUGGGCUGAAAACGAAGAAAUUUCUUUUAUCAAACAUGACGCGUGCAAGAACAACUGGCAUAGACUAG